GACGUAACUUCUUCUAACUGUUUGUCGUCCCAAGUAUCCGUUCAUAUCCUCCUCCUCCACCACCACCACCACCAACACUGACUUUAUACCGCAACCACCGUACUUACCGACUGUUGUUGGACAGCCAAGAUGGGAUCGAAGCAGAACGAUCUCGACCCACCUUCGCUGCAAUCUGAAUCAGCACCACCUUUAUCACCUCAAUCAUCGGACAAACACAUGGAGUUGACUAGCAAACUUGAAACUAUAUUGUCCCACAAAGAGGUACCGCUGUUUCACCGCCUUCAAAGCGCUACUUGGAUAGAAUUAAAGCUACUGUUUAAACUCGCUGCUCCGGCGAUUUUUGUAUAUCUGGUGAGCUUCGGCAUGUCAACCUCCACCCAGAUCUUCUCCGGCCACCUCGGCAACCUUGAACUCGCUGCUGCUUCUCUCGGCAACAACGGCAUCCAACUGUUCGCUUUCGGUUUAUUGAUGGGGAUGGGAAGUGCAGUAGAAACACUAUGCGGACAAGCAUACGGAGCCCAGAAAUACGAAAUGCUGGGCAUAUAUUUCCAAAGAUCAACCAUCCUUCUCUCUAUAACCGGCAUCUUCAUCACACUCAUCUACAUUUUCACCAAGCCCAUGCUCAAACUCCUUGGCCAAUCCAACGAAAUCGCUUCAGCUGCAGCCUUGUUUGUCCACGGCCUCAUCCCCCAAAUCUACGCAUACGCCGUAAAUUUCCCCAUACAAAAGUUUCUUCAAGCUCAGAGCAUAGUGUUACCGUGUGCACUCAUUUCAGGUGCCACAUUUGUGGUACACCUCGUGUUAACGUGGGUUUUUCUGUACAAGGUUGGGCUUGGUUUGUUGGGUGCUGGGUUGGUGUUGAGCUUGUCGUGGUGGAUUAUUGUUGUGGGUCAGUUUUUUUAUAUAGUGAGAAGCCCCAGAUGUAAGCGCACUUGGUCUGGGUUUAGUUUUCAGGCCUUUUCUGGGCUUAUGGAGUUCUUUAAAUUGUCGGCUGCGUCGGCAGUGAUGAUAUGUUUGGAGUCAUGGUAUUAUCAAAUUAUUCUUCUUCUAGCUGGGUUGCUUCAUAAUCCUAAGUUGGCUCUGGAUUCUCUUUCCAUCUGCAUGCUAAUUGGGGGAUGCAUAAUGGUGAUCCCAAUUGGGUUCAAUGCAGCGGCAAGCAGUGUGAGGGUGAGCAACGAGCUUGGAGCCGGACAUAACAAGUCAGCAGCAUUUUCAGUAGUAGUGGUGAACUUAGUCUCUUUCAUACUCUGUUUGAUAGCAGCAAUUGUUGUCCUUGCAUUGCGCAAUGUCAUUAGUUAUGCCUUCACGGAUGGUGAAACUGUGGCCAAAGCUGUAUCAGAACUUUGUCCACUUCUUGCCUUCUCUCUUAUCCUUAAUGGAAUCCAACCCGUCUUGUCUGGAGUUGCUGUGGGGUGUGGAUGGCAAGCUUUCGUUGCAUACGUGAAUGUCAGCUGUUAUUAUGUAGUUGGGAUCCCACUGGGUUCACUACUUGGAUUUCACUUCAAAUUGGGUGCUAAGGGAAUAUGGUCAGGGAUGAUAGGGGGCACACUGAUGCAAACCAUGAUUUUGGUAUGGGUGACUUGUCGAACGGAUUGGAAGAAAGAGGUGGAAAAAGCUAGGAAGAGGUUGGAAAAGUGGAAUGACAAGUAAAAUUCAUUUUCAAAGGCUCUUCAAAUUUUUGCUUUUAAGACUGUUUGGAUGAUUGAUUUGAGUAAGAAUUUGUAAAGUGGAAGGAAAUGCAAAGAAAAGGAGAUAAAAAUAGAAACUAAUUUUUUUGUCAGUUUUGCUUUCCCUUUUCUUUUUUUACUUCACAAAUUUUUAUUCAAAUUUAAAAUUCAAACACACCUGUGUGGAUUUGUCCUUGAAAGAACAUGAGUGAUUGGAUAAAAGACUUUCUUGCCAAUAGAUGUGAAAUAGCUAUUCUGUAUGUUUAAUUGUAUGUAGUGACUAUAACAUUGGACAAUGAAUUGGUAUAAGAGUCGAGGUA